AUGAACGGUACCGUGUUAUUGUCAGAGGAGAGACUAGAAGAGCGUGAAGAGCUCCGGGGCUAUGAGGAAACGGCUAUGAAGCGUCGGAGAAUACUCAGGCAGCAGCGGAUUAUCAUCAAAGAGGUGAUCCCAAUAACAAUAAGAAGCCAAUCCAAUAGUACGGGUUUCGGCCCAGGCGGAGAGACGGGAGUCUUACCACCCGGUAAAUACCGUAUCAGGAUUCCCUUUAGUUGGGGCAUGGACAACAAAGACUGUGACAAUACCGUACAUAUCCCCAUUCGGCAUGGCGGUACUGGCACAAGUGGUAGCCAGGCUGGUCACGGGACUCGCAGCUGGGAAGGAAAAAGUUCCAAUUCCAUGAUUGAACCAUCCAAGCCUCGGGGGUCCAGUCCAGUUCUAGUCGUCUCAAUCCACUUCCCUUGCUUAUUUUCUUCUUCAUCCGGACCAACAAUCACCACUUGCAGCUCCCUCGCGUUUAUCAUAUCAACAGCUAUCUUGCGGACGGGCAAUCGAGGAAUCUCCUCCGUACCGGCCAUGGCAGCAACCAUUGUUGCACCCAAGAGACCUUUCUUGUCUCUCCCCUUUCUCCUACCCUCCUCGUGCGACGGAGUCGCGCUCGAGUUGCGCCGGAACCAAUCCUCAUACAGACGCACUAAACAACGCCUUCGUGUCAAACCAGACGCUUCCUUUGGCGUAUCUUCCACCCAUGUGCAAGAACACAUCAUCUACAACCCUCCUUCAAGCGCUCCUUCGGUAUACCACACCCCAACCAAGUUCCUUCCUGCCGACGAUGUUCGGAGGACGUUGCGCCCCGAGCGCGCUCUGAAUCAGACCAAUGCGGCAGAACUGCCCUCUGUGUUCAAGGGAACUGUCGAGAAGAAAUAUCACCUGAAGCCGUCAGACAUCGAAGAAAUUCGCAAACUCCGACUGAGUGAUCCAAUGACUUGGAGCCGGUGGAAACUGGCUAAGCGGUUCCAAUGCUCCCCGAUGUUCAUUGCUAUGGUAUGCGAGGCCGGCCCACAGAAGAAGGAAAUCCAGAAACAAGUCCUAGAGGCGGUCCAGUCGAGAUGGGGAUCGAAGCGACGGAUGGCCAGAGAAGACCGACAGCUGCGGAAAGAAUCUUGGGGAAGGGAUGAAUGA